UAAAAGCUGGCUAGAUCGACUAGACGAGGUGAAGAAAGUAGCUGUAGCAUGCACAACAUGUCAGUUCUCACUAUGUCGAAUAUUUACAUUUUGCUUUUGGUUAGUUUAGUUGUUAGUGCAUCGAGGUUUGUUCCACUACAUGGCGACCGAGACAAACCAUGUAAGUCUUGUUCGUUACCAUGGCAACUGGCCUAUUCGCAUGAUAUUAACGGAAACGCAAUAGAAGGCUGGAAAUACUCCCUUGUAUCUGCUGUGUUGUCAGGUGCACGUGUGCGCGUUGUCAUUGGAACAAGUUACAGCACCGAACCCGACAAUGUGCACGUGGAUGGCGACCAUGUGUUUGCUCAGCUUCUACAACACGUAAGCAAGGGCUCAUGGGAAUGGUUUCAAACUGAUGCUUACUGGUGGUGGGUAAUGGUGUCAACCGAUGGUAUCAUGGAGAUGACCAGGUACAACGUGGGCUCGCAUAGGCAUCGUGGAACCAACAGAGUAAAAAGAAGCAUCAAAUGGUUUGUACAGUUGGCAGGUCUUCUUCCAAAGCCAUUAUAUUCUCACCAGGCUAAUGGCAAUGGAGUCCAAGGUAGCUUACACGAACUUGUAAGUAGCGUUAAAAAGGGUCAGGAUGUUCGUUGUGUCAGCGACAAACGGUAUUCAUUCCCACUCCAGAAUGUGGCUACUACCUCUCAAGGCGUUUCUGGGCAAAGCUUAGACAGCAUAAGCAGUAGCAUUCACGGCAAUUCCAUCAGGUUUCAAAGCAAUGCCUAUUGGUGGUUUUCAAUGGUGACCACUCGUGGAUCGCGUGACAUGUCACGCUGGACUGUUGGAAUCCACCAAGACCGAGGCCACACCAAUGAUACCGUGGCGAUAGAGUGGUUUGCUGAUGGCUGCUGGAAGGAAAUCUUUGAACACGAUGCCAAUGGGAAGCCUCUUUCUGGAUCACGCCAAACACUGACAACAGCUAUAUUGUCCGGCCAUCGUGUCCGCUUUCAGCUUCCUCAUUGGAAUUAUUACACAGCUGAAGCUGACAACCUUUCUGUGCGAAAUGGUCAUGUGACAGCACAGGCUUUGAAACAUGUGAGUAAGGCAUCGCCGGCUAGAUUCCAAGAUGAUGUCUACUGGUACUGGCUGAUGGUCUCUACCACGGGAACCGUACGAUCCACGAAGUAUAAUGUAGGAGAACACAGGCAUCGUGGCGAUUCCACUGAUAAGCUUAAAGUGAAGUGGUUCAUCGACACCAGAUCAUGGAGGCAGGUGUUGUCGAAUGAUCCAUCUGGUAAUGUCGUAAGCGGAGGUCGUACUCAUCUGGUCCAGGCUGUCAGGACUGGAACAGAUGUUCGCUGUGUACAGGGAGACAGAAAGCAAGGCUAUUCAUUCAAGGCUCAGAACCUGGCCGUGUCACCAGAUGGAAACCAUGUGGCUGCUCAAACUCUUAACCACGUGAGCAUGCAGUCGGCGCCCAAUCCGAAUGAAAUGAUGAUCCAGCCAAGGGCGUAUUGGUGGUUCACGAUCGUUUCCACCAAAGGCCGUAGAGAGAUGUCCCGUUGGACCGUUGGUAAGCACGAGAAUCGUGGUAAAUCGUCAGAUAAAGUUGGAACAAAGUGGUUUGUCAAUUACUGAUGCUGAAUAAUUCUGACUUUCAUAUGGUCGCAGAUUGCGUUUUAUAAUCGACACUUAUUCACUACUUGAGUGUUGCAUUUUCGAAUAUCACAUCAGGAAGAAUAGCGCUCAGGAACUGGAUUGCAUUUACUUACAGUCAAAUAGAUUCGAUGUUUCCCUUAAAGUCUUGUAAACAAUGCCAAGGGGCCUAUUUUUUUCAAGUAAGAUCAGCAGGUUUUUGCAUUGAUUUAUUCUAAUCUAUUAAAAAAUGUAAAAAAAUUCAAUUCGAUUUCCACUCUCUUAAAUCAUGCUCGGAAUAAAAAAGUUAAUGGAUUGUUA